AUGGAGGGGGACAGCGCGGGGAAUGGCGACCACGCGGAGUCAAGCAGGGCAGAAGCGGAAGCCGUGCAGAGGGGUGCUGGGGAGCCGAUAGAGGCGGCAGGGGCAGGCGAGGGGGAACGGGGGAGUGGCGGCGUGAUGGAGGGCGAAGGGGGCGUGGGGGAACGCGAUCGCGCGGCCGCUACUGAGGCGCGGAAUGACGAGCGGGGAGCGCCCGGGCGGCGCAGCAAGGAAGGCACCAGCGGGCGGCGCAUAGGCGGGCGAGACGCGAGCGGGCGAGGAGGGGGCGAGAAAUUGGCGGGCGAGGGAUUGAAGGCUAGGGGCGAGGGGCGGCGCAGGAGCGAGGGCGCGGCGGAGCCGAACGGGGAGCCGAAGGAGAGGGGCGCGGGGCCGCGGAAAGGCGAGCACGCGGUUAGGGGGAGCGCAGGGAAUGCCACGUCGUCCCCCCGCUCGCACCGCAGCAGCGGGGCGGCGAGCGCAACUGCGCGGACCCCUGGCAGCAGCAUAAUUUCUCCGCGCAACGCUGCCUCUUCCGUCACUGCUGCCGCGCGGGCAGACGGCGCAGGGGCGGCAGCAGAGAGCGCAGGAGGGGGAACAGACAGCGCAGGGGCGAAAACAGAGAGCGCAGGGACGCCAGGAGAGAGCACAGGGGCGGCAGCAGAGGGCGCAGGGGCGGCAAGGGAGGUGGCAGCAGGGCCCGCAGCGUCGGCGGAGAGGAAUGACAACGGGGGAGGCGCAGAGGGUGGCGCGGACGGUGAAGGCGCUGGUGAGGGGGGGAGUGUGGCAGGGGGAGGCCGGGGACCGGCGCAGGGAAUAGGGGGUGCGGGGGGGAGCGAGCAGACGACGCAAAGGGAGGUGGCGGACGAGGCUGUGCGGAACCACGAUGGGGGCAGCAACGAGGGGGGAAGCAAGCGUGGGGGAGAACAGGGUGCGAGUGAGGGGGGAGAGGGAUUGCAGGGAGGGUCUAGGCCGGAGCAGGAGCAGGUGCGGGCCGCGCAACACAGCUCCGCCAUGGGCGACCAGGAGAUCGAGGAGGCGGCAAGGAGCAGGGCGGGAGAGAGGCAUGGGGGGGAGGAAGAGGGGAAAGUGGAGGGCGGGAGGGCAGUGAGGGGGCGCUUAGAGUCCCGCUUGGGUGCAGCGGGGGACAUCGCCUCGCCCCGACUGCUCGCGCCUCCCCUGCCCGCUGCUGCUUCUGCACCAGCCGUCCCCACAGCAGAGGGGGCAGCGCCCGCUGCUGCAGCGCCAGGCGCAUCCGCAGCGGAGGGCGGGGCGGAGCAAGCCGCAUGGGGGGCUCAGGGGAAAGAGCAAGCGGGUGGGCGCCCCGCGUGGCACGACGUCAUGGGGUGGGGCGCGCGCGUUGUGCGCAGCCUUGCCAAGGGCGGGCUGGGGGGGAAGCGCGCAGGCAGGGGCGGUGGGGGGAAGGGCAAGGGCGGGGCGGAGACAGAGGGGGAGGAGGAGGCGCGGGCGGAGGAGGAGGCGGCGUGGGACGCGUAUGUGCUGGCGGGGGACGCGAGUGCGGGGGGCGAUGGCGUGGUGGUGCUGCCCCUGGGCCCGGCGGGGAUGCCCCGCACACACACCGCCGGGGAGGUGUGGGCAGCGCCGCCAAGUGCAGGCGCUGCUGUGGCGGGGCUGGGGGGGGUGCAGCGCAGCGGGGCGGGCGUGGGGUGGGCGCAAGCGGCGUUCCCCCGCAGCCACUCGGACAGCGUUAGGGAGAGCCGCGCCGGCCGCCGUGCUGCCUCCCUGCUCGCCCCUGCUGGUGCUGGCGGUGACGUGUGGGCCGGCGCAGCAGCAGCGGAGAGGGUGGUGGUGCUGCGGACAAGUGGCGAGGGGGGGGCGGAUAGAGAGGUGCAGCAGAGUGGUGUGGGUAGAGCAAUGGUGAAGAGUGCCGAUGCAGAGGGGGAGAGGGGAGGGGGAGGCGCGGAGGGGGAGGCAGGGCGAGGGGCGAGGGCAGAGGAGAGGGGGGAAGAGGCGGGCAGCAAGAGGGCGGCGAGUGGCGUGGCGGAGCAGAGUGCAGCAGAGGCGAGCAAGGCGCGCGCAGAUGCAGCCCUGGCAGCAGCGGUGAUGGCGGCCAACGCGAGCACCAAGCCACAGUGGGCCACACAGCACCAGUGGCACACGCAGCCGCACGACCAGCAGCAAGGGCAGGGGGGAGGGGCGGGGACAGAGGCAGAGGCGAUGGAGGAGGAGAGGAAGCGGGCGGAGGAGGCAGAGAAGAAGCGUGCGUGGGACGAGGCGGUGCGGGCCGUGCGGCUGCGGGAGCAGCAGCGCCGCCAGCAGGCCGCUGCAGCCCUUGCUGCUGCUGAGGACGCAGCACGGGGCAGCAGGGGAGGGCAGGCGGUGGGCAGGGCGGCGGCGAGGCGCCUUGCGAGGCGGCGGCGAAAAGUGGUGGCUCGACUGGUGGCAGAGACGGCGCCUCGUGUGGAUCAACCGCGACCGCCAGCACCGCGCCCUGCUGCGGCGCGGGGGCAGGAGCAGCGCGCACAGCUGCAGCACAUGAUUCAGCAGCUGGAGAGCCAGCUGUUGCAGCUGGAGCGGCACGAAGGGCUGCUGAGAGAAGGCAACUCGCAGGUGGGCGGGCAAGUGAAAGGCUCACGGGCGUUGGGGCCGGUGGUGGAGGCGUACCGAGUGGAGCCGGGCGAGGGCUCCACCAUCCUCCACAUCUUCCACCAGGCAUCACGGCGCAUGCGCAGCAUGGAGGCGGGUGACUUUGAGAUAGCGGAGUGCGAGCUCUUCACGGCGCGCGAUGAUGUGGACGACCUCAGGGCGCACCCCAACCUGCUGUCCGAGCACAUGCUCAUCUGCCUCCUUCGUCAGUCCUCACCCUUUAUCUCUAUACAUUUGUCAGCAGGGUUUCGGGAUUUGAUAAUGUGCCUCACAGCUUUGGGGCAACUUUUCAAGUUCCUAAGGAUUUUGAACUCCUCCCUUCAAAUGUAUACCGGAGCUUUAAAGCUCGCCUCACACAUCAUCCACCGCACCCCUCCCCCCAAAACAGAGAUUUACCGCCGCCAUGCCUUUGGCGCCGUCACAUCGCCCGACCGCUUUGCCUCCACGCCGCGCUCCGCCACCUUCGGCCCCUCCACGCAGCCCCACUCCUUCCCCUCCACGCAGCCCCUUUCCUUCCCCGACCCGCCUCUGCCGCGCCCUGCCCACCACCCCCCUGCGCGCCGCCGCACCUUCUUCCGCAGCCGCAGCGCUGCCAACCCCUCCUCGCACUCCUCGCGCUCCCCCCGCUCCUCCCCACGCCGCCACAAGCGCACAGCAGGCGGCGGCGCCGAGGGGUACGGCAGUGAUGAGGACGCGGCGGGGCGGCCGUACCCGCAGGCAUAUGGCGGCGUGGCGGUGGGCGGCGGGCCGUGGGAGGACGGCGUCAGCAGCACGGAUGGGGAGAGCCCGCGGGGGGGUGGGAGCAUGGAGGAGGCGACGUUGACGGAGGUGUCGGAGUGGGAGGAGGUGGGCGACGACGACACCGACGUGGACCUGCGCCACCUCCGCGCCUCCGAGCUCGACCUCCUCGGCCCGCCCUCUGCCUCGCCUCUGCGCCCGCGCCUGCGGCCGCGCACGCCCACCACGCUCUGGCUGCGCCACCGCCACCGCCACCACCGCUCGUCCGGGGGGGGGAGCGGGUGGGGGGCGGGCGCACAGCAGGGGAGAGGCGGCGAUGUGGCAUCGCCGUACAGCAGUGGGAGGAGGGGGGGCGGAGGGCACGGGGAGUUCCCAAAUCCCAGCACGCCCAGCAGUGGCAACGCUGCAGCAGGCGCGCUGCGGCUGGGGAGAACCACGUCCACCCGCGUGGUCACUGCUGUCGCCCGCGUGCUGCCCCCCCCCGCUCCCUCCGCCCCCGCUGCCACCCCCCCCGCUGCUGGCGCUGGGGGGGCUGGGGCAGGGGCGAAGGGGACGCCCACAGAGUGGAGUGCGCUGAGCAGCGCGCAGCUGGACCCGUAUGGGGUGUUCGGCGAGCACCUGUGCCCCGACGCGGGCAACUACAUUCAGAUGCUCGCCGUGCAGCACCCGCCCUCCGAGGCCACCAUGACCCACGCCGAUGCCACUCGCCUGCUGCACUUCCGCGCCAUGGCAGCACAGCUGGAGGAGGUGGAUCCAUCGCUGCUGUCACACAACGAGCGCCUGGCGUUCUGGAUCAACAUCUACAACGCGCUGUUGCUCUACAUCUACAUUGUCAUCCCCACGCCCACUGACUUUGCUGACCGCAUCGCUCUCUUCAGCAAGGUGGGCUUCCUGAUAGGAGGCCAGCUCUACAGUGUGCUGCUCAUCGAACACGCCGUGCUCAGAGCCGCCACCCACAAGCCCUACAUUAUCCGCGCCCUGCCCAGCACCACGUUCCGCCCGGACGAUGCGCGCUCGCUGUGUGUGUUGUCCCGCGCAGAGCCCCUUGUGUCCUUCGCCCUCUGCUCCGGCACGCGCUCCUCGCCCUCCAUGCGGGUGUACCGGGCGGAGAGUGUGCAGCAGCAGCUGCGGGGCGCCAUGGUGGAGUACCUAGGGGCGGCAGUGAGCGUCAACGAGGCCAAUAAAAUCAUCAUCCCCAAGCUGCUGCAGUGGUACCUGCCUGACUUUGCACCGGACGUGUGGAGUCUACUGGAGUGGCUGGCGAACGUGCUGCCCACCAACCAGGCCGUGGUGCUCAUGAACUGCCUCCCCACCGGCGCUGCCAACGUCUCCGCCUCUAAGUGCGUCGUCGUCGCACCCUUCGACUACCGCUUCCGCUACCUCAUCCCACCCGUCCUGCCCAACUAG